AUGCGGCUGCUAUACACUACUGGCGAGGGGAGGCUCGAAUGGACCGAUGACUUGAUCGGGGACAAGAUCUCCCCGUAUGCGAUCCUGUCGCACACCUGGGGCGGGCAGGAGGCAACCUUUAAGGAUCUUCGGCACUAUAGCAAUAUAGAGGAAGUUGAUGCGAAAGUCAAGGAGGGCUAUCAAAAGAUCUUCUUUUGCGCUCAGCAGGCUAAGCGCGAUGGUCUGGAAUAUUUUUGGGUAGACACCUGCUGCAUCGACAAGACAAACAGCCAAGAACUCCAGGAAGCGAUCAACUCUAUGUUCGGCUGGUAUCAAAACGCAAAGAGGUGUUAUGUAUACCUCUCAGACGUUGAGUAUAAAUCUUCCGAUGCAGACAGUGAAUCGUGCCGGAGGUGGAAACCGGCCUUCAGGAAGAGCAGAUGGUUCACCAGAGGCUGGACACUCCAGGAACUUCUUGCUCCUGCAUCGGUCGCAUUCUACUCGAAAGAAGGAGAGCGAUUGGGGGACAAGCAGACCCUCAAGGACACUGUACACGAGAUUACAGGGAUACCUGUUGAAGCACUGGAAGAAAGACCAAUAUCCGAGUUUGGUGUAGCUGAACGAUUUUCCUGGGCGGCAAAUCGCCAGACAACACGCGAAGAAGACGAAGCGUAUUGUCUGCUAGGUAUAUUCGGCAUCAACUUACCGCUCAUAUACGGAGAGCAACGGCUCAGGGCGAUGAAGCGGCUGCUGAAUGAAAUUGAACAACCUGCACUUAAAUCUCUUGGAGCCAUCAAGAAAGACACUGAGGCCGUCAGAAACUACAUGCCCGCUGUUACAUCUAAGUUAGACAUGAUUCGGCAUAACCAAGGCUCGGCAAAGCACCACACGCUUCUAGAUUGGAUAUCAGCUUCCGACUUUCCCUCGCAGCAAUCGGACAUCAUACAGCGCAGGCAGGAAGGGACCGCCCAGUGGUUUCUGGAUGCACCUGAGUUAGCGCAUUGGCUCAGGGAGACCAAGGCCACACUCUUCUGUCCAGGAAUCCCAGGAGCUGGCAAGACCAUGAUCGCAGCUACUGCGAUUAAUCAUGUGCUAAACACAAUGCAGAAAGGCUUACAUAGGGUUGCUUAUGUGUACUGCAACUACAAAGCUCGGGAGGAGCAGGGUGUUUCGAACCUACUGGCAGCUAUUCUGAAGCAGCUAGUCCGGGGUCGAUUGUCAACAGUGGUUCACGUAGAGCAACUACAUCAGAAGCAUGCGAACCGAGGGACCAAGCCAUCGCUCGACGAGAUUUGCAGCGUAUUGCGAGACGUCCUGGCACAUUAUCCUACCGUAUACUUGGUGAUCGAUGCACUGGAUGAAUGUCAGGAAGAUACUCGUCGCCUGGUCCUGGCCAAACUCCGAGAUCUCCAGACAGCCCGGGACGUCCGCCUGAUGGCCACCUCCCGUUUCAUACCAGACAUUGAAGAUGCCUUCAGGGAAGCGCCGAGACUGGAGGUGCGAGCUAGCAGAGAGGAUAUCAAACGUUUCGUGGAUGGCUAG